AUGCAAGCAUCUGAAUCAGGAGAUCACGGUGACAUUUUACCUAACGGAGGGCACCGAAGCCGCCAUCAUCGACACAAGGGCAAACAUCCCCAACACGAAGAAACCGCUGCGUUGCGUGUAGAGGGUGCAGAGAGCGUCGAUGCUGAGAAAGCUGAGAGGGAGCAGGUGCAGGAGCCGCCACAGCAACAGCAACAGGAACAGGAACAGCAGGAAAAUAAAUCCGAUGCGGACUCUCAAAAUAUCGGCAGUGUCGUGGAGGAGUUUGUGUCUCGCCUUCCUGCGGGGGACGCUGUUCGUGCAACAUCAGAAAAGGCUCGAAAGCUUGCCACAGAAGGCAAACAACUGGUGAAGGAUGUACUCGAGAACUCAAACAUCCGUGCGGUGGCAAGUGGGUGUGUGGCAAAAGGGAAACAAGUGGUGGAUGGGGCCAGGGCUUAUCAACACACAGCAAUGGAAGUUGCAGCAAAAACUGUCCCUCACUGCCGUAAACCGAUGGAAAUGUGUGCCGCAACCGCGAGGUCAACUGUGAACAGCGCCAGAAGUGUUGCAGAGAAGUCAACGAGGUGUGUGGCUCAAACGGGUGGUGAAUUGCGGGAGCGGGCAAAGUCGUACGUCGAGACGAUGAAGUCCAUCCGCGGGAAACUCUUUAACUUCUUUGAGGCUAGCAAACCGCGUGUGGCAGAGGUGCAACGUACUGGGAUGAAAGCCGUUGGAGAGCGCGAUUUACAACUAUUCGUAACAGCGCUAGCGCAGGCAACCGCAUGUGUGGUUGUACUCUCACGGGUGAUAACCGUUGAGAUGUGCAAAGUAAACCGUGUAAAUUCCACAAUGCGAUACAUACAGGGGUCAACAUGCAUGCGACUUGGUGCUUCACUUUGGAAUUGUAUUAAUCCUUCACUAGUGCAACACGUCCCUGUGGUUGGGGAACGUGUGGCAUCGGCUGCAGCUGCCUUUGUAGCGGAGGUAAAACAAUACACAUCUGAUGACAGAGAUGAUGUACAAGACGAGCAGAAGGUUGCAGCGUGA